AUGCAAGAAAUAAUGGUGCCAAGUGGCGGUGAUCAAUGUAUGAAGCUGACGCUUGUCAGCAUCUUUCAAGAUAUCACGCAAGUGCAGAAGUACCUAGGUUCACUUCAAGACACGUUUUCUGUGGAGCUCAAAAGUACAGAAACAAUUACGCAGAACUUGAAGGUCAAGUGCGUUUCGCACGGGUCGUGCCACGACUGUCCUCUGUACAUCCUAGAGUACAACUCCAAAUCCCACGAGUAUGCUUUGUGGAAAUCAGCUGCUGGAGGCUGGACGAUCGGGGCUACCUUGGCACGGCUGUUUGCUAGAGCGCCCACCUCGAAAUCCAAAACAAUUCUGAAUGUGGCAGAACUGGAUCGCCACCUGGAAUCCUCCGACGUGUCUUCUCGACACAGCCGCAAUUUUCUGCGGGAAACGCUACAAAAUCUAAAUGUGGAAUGGCACACAUCGCCUUUCGACUUCAAGGUUUUUUUCAAGUUGCUUGACGAAUCGAUCGAUCGUGAAAUGGCCUCCAAACAAGCCCACGCUUCAACACUCGAGCUGGUCUCGCCUUUACAGUACAAGAGCUUGAUCACAUUAGCGGUUCUUAAGACGAAGGUUUUGGUCAGUAAGCAAAAGUUACAAAAAGAUUUGCUGGAGUACAACCAACGCGUGCAAAAGUGUCAAUUACUCGCCACGACUGAUGAUUCAUCGACAAUCCAAGCAGAAAGUCCAGAGCCAUCGCUCUUCUCGGCUACGUCCCAUCCUCUGUCAUCUCCUGCUGACGAUUCUUAUUCAUUAUCUUCAAGACAGCUGCUGACCAACUUUCAAAAGCAUUUCAAAGGUUUGGCCGAAACUUUCGAAACUUUUGACGUACAGAAGAGCUCACCGCGCAUGGCUCACAAGUGGAAGAUCGGCAAGACCUCAAAAAGUGGAAAAUCUAGCUCCAAGAAAUUGAGCGCUUGA